AUGGCCGAAAACGCGUCUACUUCGACUCCUGCUUCCCUGCCGGCGGCACCCCAGCCUGCUGCUGGUGCUCAGAACCAGCAGUAUGAUGCUGCCCAGGGUAAUGGCCAGACCAACCCGUCCCACAUGCCUCCCCCGCCGCGGCCUCCUGUGAUCAUCCCGCAGAAUACUAACCCCAUUCCGACUGCGAUAACCUCGCCCAUGUCCGGAAACAUGAUGUCUCCGACCAGCGCUGGUGGUUACGUUCGCCGCGCCGCUCCCGAACCCAACAAGAGAGCUCUCUACGUCGGUGGCCUCGACCCGCGGGUCACGGAGGAUAUUCUCAAGCAGAUUUUUGAGACCACUGGCCACGUGGUCAGCGUCAAAAUCAUUCCGGACAAGAAUCAGUUUAACAGCAAGGGGUACAACUACGGCUUUGUUGAGUUCGAUGACCCCGGUGCGGCUGAGCGGGCUAUGCAGACCCUGAAUGGGCGCCGCAUUCACCAGUCGGAAAUCCGGGUGAACUGGGCCUAUCAGUCCAACAACACUAACAAAGAGGACACCUCCAACCAUUUCCACAUCUUCGUCGGUGACCUGAGCAACGAGGUCAACGAUGAUGUCUUGCUUCAGGCCUUCUCCGCGUUUGGUUCGGUUUCGGAAGCCCGUGUGAUGUGGGAUAUGAAGACUGGACGUUCGCGUGGAUAUGGGUUCGUCGCCUUCCGCGAGCGCCAGGAUGCCGAUAAGGCGUUAAACGCAAUGGAUGGCGAGUGGCUGGGCUCUCGUGCCAUCCGCUGCAACUGGGCCAACCAGAAGGGCCAGCCCUCCAUCUCUCAACAACAAGCUAUGGCCGCCAUGGGCAUGACCCCGACCACCCCCUUCGGCCACCACCACUUCCCUACCCAGGGCAUCCAGAGCUACGAUAUGGUCGUCCAGCAAACGCCGCAGUGGCAAACUACCUGCUACGUUGGUAAUCUGACGCCUUACACGUCUCAGAAUGACCUCGUGCCGCUGUUCCAAAACUUUGGUUAUGUUCUCGAGACUCGUCUGCAGGCUGACCGAGGCUUCGCCUUCGUCAAGAUGGAUUCGCACGAAAAUGCCGCUAUGGCUAUCUGCCAGCUGAAUGCCUACAACGUCAACGGUCGCCCUCUCAAGUGCAGCUGGGGCAAGGACCGCCCCCCAACCGGCCAGUUCGACAACUUCUCUCCCCAGCAAGGCACCGCUGCCUUUCCUAACAGCCCCGGCUUCUUCCCUCAGUAUGGCGGUCCCGCGAACCCCAUGAGCCAAGGUCCUGCACCUGCUGGUCGAGGCUGGGAUCAGGGUGCGAACAACUUUGGCGGCCCCGCCAUGCCUGCUCAGGGAUUCCCCCAGGGUAAUGCUGCAGGCUACGGCCGUGGCCAGCCGAUGUCCCCGUCUGGUAACUGGGAUCAGUCCAACAACAACUUCAAUGGAGCCUACCAGGCGUAG